AAAAUUUAGAAGCCUUUCAGAGGAUAUUCUGGAAGUUCUACCUGUAAAAUGUACAAUGGGACAGAAUUUGAAUUUAUCCUGUUGGGGUUCCCUGGAUUUCAAGACAAGGAGUCUAAAUCAAUCCUCACUGCAUUCUUCUUUUCUGCAUAUAUUUUGAUUUUACUUGAAAACUUUUUUAUUGUUAUUGUAAUUGUCGCAGACGAAAACCUUCAUAAACCCAUGUAUGUCUUUAUCUGCAAUUUAGCUCUUGUAGAUGUGUUAAUUACUACGAUUGUCAUUCCAAAAACGCUAGCAAAUUUAAUGUUUAAUCUGAACACAAUUUCAUUUUCUGCUUGUUUUGUUCAGACUUUUGCCUUCUUACAUGGUACUACUGCCCAGCUACAUAUAUUGGCAGCCAUGUGUUAUGACCGUGUCAUAGCAGUUUGUAACCCGUUACAAUAUGUCACAGUUAUGAGCAACAAAUUAGUGAUCACACUGUUAGUACUUUGCUGGACAGUGGCAUUGGUGACUCCAUUAGUGCUCCUGUACUUUGCUCUUCAACUAUCUUUUUGUGGACCAAACAAAAUACCAAACUACUACUGUGGCCAUGCUGCACUAAUCAAAAUGUCUUGUACUGACUAUAGUAUCAAUAGUGUUUUAGGUUUGGUUUUCGGUCUUGGUCUCUUAAUUCUUCAUGCCAUUAUUUUCAUUAUUUCAUAUGGUAAAAUUAUAGUUACUGUUCUAAAAGUAAAAAGUGCAGAUGGGCACAUGAAGGCCUUUUCAACUUGUGGGGCUCAUCUUUUUGUGGUGAUUACGACGCUGCUUUCUGCUGGCUUUGUCUAUGUCACUUCUCGAGUACCGGCAUUCUCUUUGGAUGCUCGUCUCAUGGUUGCUACUGUUCAAAACCUGCUUUGUCCAGUGAUAAAUCCCAUUAUUUACUCUUUGAUGACUAAAGAGAUUAUCGAAAGCAUAAAAAAAGUAAUUCAAAAAAAUAUCAUAAAACAUUUUCAAGAAUAAAAAGCGGAUUGAUUUCAUGUAUAUUAGCAUGUAAAUAUAUAUGUAAACAGCAAUUAAAAUGAUUACUAAAUGUUUUUU